CGAUUGAGCCUGCGUCGGUAUCACCCAGGACCACACGAGAUCUGGAGCAUGGAUCGGACCGGCCUAAUCACCUGUGCCCACCAGAUCGGGAGGGAGGAGAAGAUCCUACACCUCCAAUGUUAGUGGGAGGGAACGAUUUAGAAGGAGGCUGGGGGAGGUUAGGUGGAUGAUCGGGAACGGGAGUUGGUGGUGGUGAGAGACAGCAGUGAGGAAAUGGAAUGAUGGGGGUGCUGGGCAGUGAAAGUAGUAGGGUAGACUAGUAAAGUUGGUAGUGAUGGGAUUAGGGAGGCCGGGAGGUGUGGAGGGGCUAGGGGCCAACGAAAAGCGAGACGGGCACCUGUCGCGAUCGCCAGUUCAAUCGCUCGAUAACGAACGGGGCGUGCUGGACCGAACCUCGCGGGAAGAGAGAUUAAAGUGGUACCCAAAGACACUUACCACGCGCAACAGAACUAGCAGCCCAGAAGCGGGAAGAGGGGGGAAAGGAGGAAAAUAUGGAGGAGGAGGGAGAGGAAUGAUGGGGGUUAAGAGGAAGAGAGAGAGGAAAGAAAAAAAGAGCGAGGUAGAGAGAGAGGGAAGGAGAACAGGAACCGUACGGGAAGCAGAAGAUACUAAGGCAGGGAAAGGGACGAGCCAGCGAGAGAGAGUACAGCCGGGACAACACUUACUCACUCACUCAGAAAGUCAGUCGGAAACCAAGUGAGAGAGCGAGAGAGACAGAGACAGACAGACAGACAGACAGGCAGACCAGACCCAUGGCGAGAUCUUCUUCCUUCCUCCGGCCU